AUCGAGAAUGGAGGAGGAGAAGUGCAAGGCCAAGGUAUGCGUCACAGGUGGUGGUGGUUAUCUUGGCUCCUACCUUGUCAAAAGGCUUUUGGAAAAGGGCUACAUUGUCCAUUCCACCCUAAGAAACUUAAAGGACGAGUCAAAGGUAGGCCUUCUUAGAAGCUUUCCUCAUGCAGAGUCCAGAUUGGUGUUAUUUGAAGGAGACAUAUACAAACCAGAUGAGUUUGAGCCUGCAAUUCAAGACUGUGAAUUUGUCUUUCACGUCGCUACUCCCUUACAACAUCAAACCAAUUCACAGCUUAAGAGCAUGAGUGAAGCAGCAAUAGCCGGAGUUAAAAGUAUUGCGAUGAGCUGUAUAAAAUCAGGCACAGUGAGACGAUUGAUUUACACUGCUUCGGUGGUUGCGUCUUCUCCAUUGAAAGAUGAUGGAACUGGGUUUAAAGAUUUCAUUGAUGAAACUUGUUGGACUCCUCUCCAUCUUGAUACUGGCGCCCUUCAUAAGGACUACACUGAUUCGAAGACAUUGGCUGAGAGAGAGAUAUUAAGUUAUGGAAAGAAUGAAAAUGGCAGUGGAGCACUUGAGGUAGUGAGCCUGGCUUGUGGCUUGUUUGGAGGGGAGGUUUUUCUGAAUUACACACCCGCGAGUGUUGCUGUGCUUAUCUCUCAGGUGAAAGACAAUGAAGCCAUGUACCAGUCUCUGAAGUUCCUAGAGGAUUUGAUUGGAAAAAUUCCUGUGGCCCACAUUGAUGAUGUCUGUGAAGCCCAUAUCUUCUGCGGGGAGAAUCCAUCCAUCAAUGGAAGAUUCUUGGUUGCAAGCUCAUAUGUAUCAUCUGCAGAUAUUGCCAAUUGCUAUUCUCAACACUAUCCAGAAUUUCAUUUGAAAGACAAGUAUUUGGAAGGGCCAAAACGAGCAAUCAAAUGGGCCUCAACAAAGCUCACAGACAAAGGGUUUGUCUAUAACUAUGACCUCAAGAUGAUAUUAGAUGAUUGUAUCAGAAGCGCAAGAAGGAUUGGCGAUCUCUAAUCUUUACUGUUGAUAUUUAUAAAGUUUGUGAUGUCAAUUCUGAAACAGUAUCACAAACAUUAUCUAGUAUGAUCUCUUAGCUAUGCGAUCAUAACUUCACCUUAUUCUUGUUUGUUUGAAAAUUGAACCUUGAUUUUUGUUAAUGGAUGCUGGUCUAAUUAUGUCUGCUGAAGGGUUCUUGUGCUUCAGCAAGAUGAGAUUAUGAAGUGUGGGAUUUUGUUUGGGAAUGUUAUAAUUUCUAGCAUAGUCGAUCAAAAGGAAAGAGUAAAAGGGAAAGAGUAAGAUGAAGACUCCUAGGUACAAUGUUCAAACCUCAUCUGUUCAUUUUUUUUUUUCUGUUUGGUGUUUGAUCAU